CCGCAAAAGGAACCCAACCGACGACCCGACCCAACCCACACGAAACACCACCAUGGCCGUGGCCGCACGCGCACGCGCACGCGGCUCCCCCCUCCUCCGCGCCCUCGCCGGCGGGAGGCAGCCCCCGCCGCCGGGGGUCCGAUCCAUCCACGAGGGGCCCGACACCAUCGACGAGCUCCUGGACCGCCACCUCACCAAGAAGUCCCCAUCCCCCAUCCUCGACGACGACGCGGCGGAGGCCCUGGCGCGGCGGCGGCUGACGAGCUCGCGGCGGGAGGCGCUGGGGCUGUACCGGGACAUCCUGCGGGCGACGCGGCUGUUCGAGUGGCCCGACGAGCGCGGGGUGCCGUGGCGGGACACACUGCGCGCCAACGCGCGCCGCGAGUUCGAGGAGGCCCGCGGCGAGCGCGACCCGGAGGUGGUGGCGCGGCUCCUCAUCGGCGGCCGCGACGCCGUCGACCAGGCCCUGGAGCGCGUCGCCGACGCCUCGCGCCGCAUGGUCCAGGCCGAGGAGGCCAAGCGCCGCGGCGGGUCGUAGAUCCCCCCCACCCCCACCCCGACUGGAGGCCGAGUUCUCUGCUGCUGCUGCUUAUGUUUGUUAUAAUUUGGUUGUAGAAGUCACUAUGUACGAAGGCUUAUGCCAUGCGACACAAAAUGAGUUGCUUAUGAAGCAUUUCAUCCUUGUCAAUUGUCAUGCCCUGUUCUAUCUUUGCCAAGAAAUGUGACAGGAAAUCAACAUUCAUUUUGGAUUUGAUCCAUGUA